GUUUCAGUCACAUUUCAGCCUCUGCUCUGAGAACUUACCCUGAGCAGCCCUAACAGGCUAUUACGUCUCUACAGCUGAGAUAUGAUCAUCUUAACUUACUUAUUUGUCCUGCUGUGGGAAGAGGUUCACGGAUGGGGAUACAAGAAUGGAAUUUUUCAUAACUCCAUAUGGCUUGAACAAGCAGCAGGUGUGUACCACAGAGAAGCGCGGGCUGGCAAGUACAAGCUCACCUACGCAGAAGCCAAGGCAGUGUGCGAAUAUGAAGGCGGCCAACUCGCCACCUACAAGCAAGUAGAGGCAGCCAGAAAAAUUGGAUUUCAUGUCUGUGCUGCUGGGUGGAUGGCCAAGGGCAGAGUUGGAUACCCCAUUGUGAAACCAGGGCCCAACUGUGGAUUUGGAAAAACUGGGAUUAUUGAUUACGGAGUCCGUCUUAAUAGGAGUGAAAGAUGGGAUGCCUAUUGCUACAACCCACAAGCAAAGGAGUGUGGUGGUGUCUUUACAGAUCCAAAGAGAAUUUUUAAAUCUCCAGGCUUCCCAAAUGAGUACGAUGAUAACCAGAUCUGUUACUGGCACAUUAGACUCAAGUAUGGUCAGCGUAUUCACCUGAGCUUUUUGGACUUUGACCUUGAAGAUGACCCAGCUUGCUUGGCUGACUAUGUUGAAAUAUAUGACAGUUACGAUGAUGUCCAUGGUUUUGUGGGAAGAUACUGUGGAGAUGAACUUCCAGAAGACAUCGUUAGCACAGGAAAUGUCAUGACCUUGAAGUUUCUCAGCGAUGCUUCAGUGACUGCGGGAGGUUUCCAAAUCAAGUACGUUGCAGUGGAUCCGCUAUCCAAACCCAGUCAAGGAAAAAACACAAGUACUACUUCUACCGGAAAUAAAAACUUCUUAGCUGGACGAUUUAGCCAUUUAUAAAACAACAAAAAAGGACACUCACUGUUUACAUUUGUAUCUUUUGGAACCCCUCUGAUCUCACUUUUAUAUUAUU